AGCAGAAUCGAAGUUUGGAAGACUCAUACACCACUGGUAGAGGUGAGCAUGGGACUGACUUUACAACGUAUUGUUAUAUAUAUACUAGCGUUGAUCCUACGGUAGCACAGAGUCAAAAAUAUAGCCAGACCUAGCCGAAUACGACAGUGAUAUGCAACAAUGCGCGCUGAAAGAAUCUCCGCCACCUUCAGCUUAGCAUUUGCGUCGCCACUGAGCAGGCAGCUCUUAUUGAUUUUACUGUCGUCACGGGUGACUAGAUGCAGCGUGCAAACAACCGCUGUUCGUCCAGUCAACAGGUCCCGGGUCUACUUCUGCGGCCCCCUGCACGACAACAACAUCCAUCUAAAGUACGUUAAAGCUAAUGCCAUAGCGUUGAAGAAGAGCGGGCAAACCAACGAACAGUUACAGAGGAUCUUGCAAGCAACAUAGGGAAGAAAACCAGUACCUUGAAGUCUUCGUCCCCUAAAGACAGGCUUGAAGCUAACGUUCCACGAGUGAUCCUGGUUCGCCAUUAAUUCAACGCUGAGCCGGAAGGAGCGCAUGCGACGAGUGAAGGGUGAACAGCACGUCCCGAGCGUCAGCGACCAGUUAGGGAGGUUAAACUUAUGGGCCGCGCUUUCUUGGUUUCCCGCCAGGUACAUAUAUGCAUCGAGAGCAUGACGUAUAGUUCACGUAGCAACUCGAAAACCUGGCUCAUUGUGCUCGGUCUCUCCGGAGCUGGACUUUAGUUCGCUCCAAACCUUUUGGCUCCCCGGGACCUGUAGAUAUGUAUAUAUAGCUGUGCGGUAUCUUAUGCUACAUAAAACGGUCGAAAGCUAAGCGCAAAAAGCGCAGGGAUGAGUGAGCCGACGGCGGGAGUAAAGUGACGAC